AAAGAGAGAGAGAGAGCGCACCGCCUUCUUGGAAGAAGCUCGGGGCCCCCCGAAGGGGGAUGUCUUGCAUUAAGUAUCUACCCCCCCCCCCAAUUCGCAAGGUCGGCGCAGCAGACAGCGGCCCUUCCCGGCGCGCUUUGUUUCUCCGGAGCAUUCCCCGCGCGCCCCUGCUUCUGCCCGCCUCCUCCUCCUCCUCCUCCUCCCGGAGUCUUUGGGCUGCUGACUCAGCCGGAGGGAAAACUCAAAGGGCGCUCCGCCGCCCGGCUUGCCCGCCUCCCCGGGGAUGUCGCCCGGGGCCCCGCUCUCUUCGCAGCUCUUGCUCGAAGCCGCCUGGCUCUAAAAGCGACGCGCGGAGACUUUUCCCGCCAGCGCCGGGAACAAAGCGGAGCGAAGUUGCCCUCUGCUUUCCUCCUCCUCCUCCUUGUCCGCCGGGAACCCCAGUCACCAUGACAGCCAUAGCAGCGCAAACCCAGUGGCUACUUACUCGUAGAAGACCGAAGAAAUCAUUCUUUGAGACCUUUAUCAGGAGCUUAAUUAUCCUCUGUGUUGCAAUUGCCAUUGUUCUGCUGUCCAUUGCGGUAUGCGAUGGACAUUGGCUUUUUACAAAAGGAAAACUCUUUGGUCUGUGGCAUUUCUGUACCCUUGGAAGCAAUAGCACCUUGAAAUGCACCACUGAUCUCUCUUUGACCAAUAUCAGAGGGAUAAGCAUAGGAAUGACCUUUAUAAGAAGCACGGUGUCUUUUGCCAUUGUUGUUGCAAUCUUUGGCCUGGAACUUCUCAUGGUCUCUCAAGUCUGCGAAGAUAUCAACUCAAGGAGAAAAUGGUCCAUGGGCUCAGUCUUCAUUCUUGUCUCAUUUCUACUGUCAUCAGCUGGAAUGGUGAGCUUCUUAAUCCUCCUGAGAGACUACAUCACGAUCACAAGUUUUACGUUAACCUAUUGGUGUGAAUUUAUUGCAACGUUCCUUUUUUUCCUUAAUGGAAUCAGUGGACUUCACCUUAACAACCUAACUUUUCCAUGGAACAGAGUGAGAAAAAAUUAAACAUGAUGAACCAAAUAUCCCCGAGAAUAUAUUGCAGGUCAUUAACAUUUGAGAAAGACACCAAGGGGGUUGUUUUUGAGGGGAAUUGUUUAGUUUGAUUAUUAUUUUUUUGGUAGCAUAAGGUAAAAAGAUUUCCAACAGCUUGCCACUUUCCAGAGGAUGUCUCCAAAUUAAGUUGAUAAUGGAUGCUGAGUACUGGAAAUGGGAAAUUAUAACCUGUUGGGAUUUUAAAUAAUGCAUCUAACCAUAGUAAUGGAAUAGGAAAAAGUAACUUGCUUAAUUUAAAACUCAGUUCCUAAGCCUCAACAUCCUUAGUCCAGUUACAGUCAUUAUCUUUUAAGUGUCUCACUGAAAUGAAUAAGACAACCAAUCACAUUAUUUUUAUUUGAAUUGGGUGGGAACCAAAUUCCAUAGCCAAGUAGAAUAAGAUAUAUGCUGUGUGAAUGGGUUUUGUGCAUUUUCAUGAUUGUGUUCUUCAUAUCAGUAAUUUGUAUCACCAUAAAUAUUUGUACUAUGCAGGGCAUAGGGCAGUACCAACUAGAACUUCACUUUCUAAUAAACACAAAUAAUUUGCCUUUUCACAUUGUCAUAUGUAAGUCACGGUUAAAAUUUGUGCUUUUAUCAUAUAUUCUUUGGCAAAUACAUGAUUUAUAAACCAUGCCAGUACUGUGUGCAUUUUCUACCAAAGUAAGAUCUUUUACUGCUGAGAAGCUAUCCAACCAACAUCUUUUUAAAAGAGACCUGUGCUAUUACAAUUUAAUGAAUGACAGUGGAGUGUCGGACCCUUCCUGCGAGCUAGAAAUAAUUUUUCAUAGAGACAUCUCAACUCUGUGUAUUUCUAACCAUAGAGUUUGUAACACAAAAUGCCCAGUUAAAUUUACUUGCUGCUUUUCAAAAUUAUAGAAAAAUAAGUUUUUAUCCUUCUACAAAGUACAUUCUUUGCUGAGAAUAUUAGGAUCAGGCCAUUAUCAUAGAAAGCAUUUACUUGCACAUAUAUAGUGGUAAAAGUGGAAGGAGGCUCCUAUACUCCUUUCUGGACAUAUAGCCUAUAUGAUUUCAGUCCUAAGACACACCCUGUGGUAUGAAUGAAAUAAAUUGUAUAUCAGAUUUGGUGUAAGUUUAGAGCAUGAAUUCUCU